CGUAUAUGUACACUCGCGCAAUCGUUAACAAGAAAUUAGAUACAUUAUAGUAGAUUUUAUUACCAAAUCCUAGAGAAAACGGAGGGUUUUGUAGUUAUCUAGAAUCCUCUAUUUCCUUUCCCCCAAGUCUUUCCUUAAUCUAUCGAAAUCUCUGGAUCAAUAUCAUUCGAUUAGGGCUCGGAGUCAAUUCAUUUUCACUGUCGAAGGGAUUUGCUUGCUAAGCAUCAGAUUUGGAUCCUUAGCAUUAGCUGGAAGCUUCAGGCAUUGCAAUGGCACCGAAAGUUGAAUACAGAAAACCACCUAUUGUAGGAAGCCAAUCUGUGCCUGCUGAAAGGCCAUGGAAGAAGCUCGUCAUCCGACCUGAGCCAGAAAAAAGGAGGAGGAAGCUCAUCAUCGAUCUGGAUGAUGAGGAAAGCAUGGAAAAUGCAAACCUGUUGCCUGAAGAAUCUGGGAGUGACUCAGACCAGAGAGUUGAUUGUGAUUUGGGGAAGGAGAAUGCAUCUGAGGAUUCCGAAGAAGAGAGCAGUCGAUCAAUGGAGAGAUGUCGCCGCCAUACUUCAUCAGGUGGAUUAGAACACAAAAAUCUUCGCAAGGAAAUUGGCGAAUCUUCUAAACUGGAAAAGCCUUCUGAUGUUAAAGCUGUAGCUGAGGAAGAACGUGAAGAUGAGGAAGGGUGGAUUAGAACACAACAAUCAAUGGAGAGAUGUCACCGCCAUACUUCAUCAGGUGGAUUAGAACACAAAAACCGUCGCAAGGAAAUUGGUGAAUCGUCCAAACUGAAAAAGCCUUCUGAUGGUAAAGCUAUAGCAGAGGAUGAAAGUGAAGAUGGGGAAGGGUGGCAUAAUCCCAAAAAGAAGAAGAAGAAGAAGAAGAGGACAUUAGUGACUCGACCUCGAAUUCAGAAGAGACCACCGGAGAGCAAGAGUAAUCAAAGAGCAUCGAAAAGACCUCGUGCUUCUCAAAACUGCUUUACGGAUUCUAACUACAUUUGGUGCGACUGGGUGGUGGAAGAAGGCAAAGAUGCGAAAAUGGGAGAAAACAAUUCAAUGGAUGAAUUAAGAAUCCAGACCACUGAUUCUGCAACCAUGGCUGAGAAAAGAGCUCAAGAAUCUGAAAAAAUGAGUCCUGGCGCCAAACAGUCUUCGCAUACCUUAUCUCCAAUGAGGCAAGAACAGGACAGGGAAGCAACUAUAGCUGAGAAAAGUUCAGAAUCCGAAAAAAUGAGUCAUGGCGCCAAGCAGUCUUCACUAAGCUUAACUCCAUUGAAGCAGGAACAGGAAAAGGAAAAAAGGCAGCAUACUGUUGAUAAAAAAAUGAAGGAAAUCCCAAAGAAGCCUCUUAAAUGUCAUCAAUGUCAAAAGUCGAACCGCAAGAUCGUCGUCCCUUGUACUAAUUGCAAAGAGAAAGUCUACUGCAUCCAUUGUAUCAAACAAUGGUAUCCUGAAUACGACGAAGAGGAAGUCGCAGAUACUUGCCCAUAUUGCCGGGGGAAUUGCAACUGCAACGUAUGCCUUCAUGCACCAUCCACAUUGAAGACAACUAAAAGAGAGAUCACUGAUCAAGAGAGGAUUCGCCAUCUGAGCUAUCUUAUCAACCAGCUCUAUCCACACCUGGAACAUAUUGUUCGAGAACAAAUGGAUGAGAUUGCCAUUGAUCUCGACACUAAAGGGGAGCAAAUUAAAGUACAUCAGGCAGCUUACUUCAGUGAAGAGCGCGUUUACUGCGACCAUUGUUCCACCUCGAUUAUUGAUCUUCAUCGGAGCUGUCGAAACUGCUCUUACGAACUGUGCCUUAGAUGUUCCCAGGAGAUUCGAGCAGGUCAGGUGCCAGGAAGCUCUCGGAAAUCUAUUCCUGUGUACACUGAUAGAGGCAUCGACUACAUGCAUGGCGGAGAUCCACUCCCAAAGACUUGUCCUGCACAAACUCUGAACAGCAUCGAUGAAAUUCCUCUCGAAUCCUUCACCACAGGAGAUGGGAUCAUCGUCUGCCCUCCCAAAGAACACGGUGGAUGUGGUAACGGUAAGCUCGAGCUCAGUCAUCUCCUUCCACUCGGCUGGAUGAAUACUCUGUGGAAACGAAUCCACGCGGUGAUCAGAAGCUGCAAAGCCAUGGAUAUCAUGGCUCACCCGAUCGUGUCCAACGGCGCCAAGUCAAGGCCGUGUUGGGCAGAAGGCUCUAAAGACAGCAUUCUGUAUAGCCCAAACUCGAAGGAGACUCUGAACGAGGAAGAACUCAUGCACUUCCGCAGGCACUGGGCUAACGGCGAGCCCAUAAUCGUAAGGGCCGCGCUCGAGCAGGGAACUGGUUUGAGUUGGGAACCGAAGGUGAUGCUGCGGGCGUUGUUUGAACAGAAAGAUUUGAAAAUGUCUGAUGUGAAAACCAUCGACUGCCUGUCCGGUUGCGAGGUGGAGAUCGAUGCCCGCAAAUUCUUCAAAGGCUAUGUGGAAGGGAGACAGUACGAAAACUGCUGGCCGGAGAUGCUUAAGCUCAAGGACUGGCCACCAUCGGAUCGAUUCGAGGAUCUGUUGCCUCGCCACUGCAAUGAGUUCAACUGUGCCUUGCCAUUUCAAGAAUACACAGAUCCUCGGGCGGGAAUUCUUAACAUUGCCACAAAGCUUCCGCCCACGAUCAUAAAACCUGACUUGGGCCCGAAGACAUACAUAGCGUACGGUACUGCUCAAGAACUUGGGAGAGGGGAUUCUGUGACCAAGCUUCACUUGGACAUGUCGGAUGCGGUGAACAUUUUGACGCACACAGCCGAAGUAGCUCUAACCGACGAACAGACUCGAGCAAUUGAACAGCUGAAGGAAAGGCAUAGGGCUCAAGAUGAAACAGAAUCCAUGUCCCAAACAGUUGAAGAUCGCGGACUUGGAGUGUUCAGUGUGUCCGGAGGCAGAGACAUCCCGCGCUUGGGGAAAAAGAGGGUUUUCACUGAAUCCAAACAGGACGACCACGAGCACAUGUCCUGCACGGCAUCUGCAGGAAGCGAGGACGGCGGCGCACUGUGGGAUAUUUUCCGAAGAGAAGAUGUUCCAAAAUUGAACGAGUACCUGAGAAAGCAUUCGCGUGAAUUUCGCCACACCUUUUGCGCUCCAGUUGAAGAGGUCGUCCAUCCGAUUCUCGACCAGUGCUUCUACCUAUCGAAUGAACACAAGUUACGGCUGAAGGAAGAAUACGGCGUUGUACCUUGGACGUUCAUGCAAAAGCUUGGGGAGGCCGUAUUCAUCCCAGCCGGUUGCCCCCAUCAAGUCAGGAACCUCAAGUCCUGCACCAAGGUAGCUGCCGAUUUCGUCUCCCCUGAAAACCUGCAUGAGUGCCUUAAAUUGGCAGAGGAGUUCAGGAAGCUGCCGAUAAACCACAGGGCCAGAGAAGAUAAACUAGAGGUGAAGAAGAUGAUCCUCCAUGCUGUCAACCAAACAGUCGAGGAUCUGGAGAAAUUCUUUGAGGAUGACAAGGAUCUCUUCUUGUUGAGAUAGAUGCACAAACAAGAGCUGCAUCAAUUUUUGUCGAAGAUCAUCUGGACAAAGGGAUGCCUUGCAAGAUACUAUUAUACAUUUGAAUUUCCGACUGCUCCGGAUCCGUCAUAGAAGUUAACUGUUCAUAAGUUUGGGAAACACAACUGUUACCAGUCUUUAACAUACAAGUAGACAGACAGAAAUUUUGAGGAUGGCAAGAAACAAGAAAAGAAAACCUGUGUUCCUUGUUUUAAUGAGCAAUUUUUGUGCAACUGAUAUUAAAACAAUUUUUUGUAAGUACUGUGU